AUGCCAUCAACAACCAGAAGUUAUUCGCUGAAGGCACUUCAAACACGAUUGAGAUCACUGCAAGAGAUGUUCAAUGAUAUCUGCAAUUUUUUGGACACUCUGGACGAGGAAACUAUUUCAACGCGAGUUACAGUGCGACUGGAGAAACUCGAAGAAUUAUGGGAGAAGAUUAAUGAGGCCAUUAUAGACAUAGAAAUGCACGACGAUUAUAUCACAGAAGAUGAAACGUAUUCCAAGCAACGUUCCGAUUUCGGUAAUCGGUAUUAUGAGGUGGAAUCCAUAUUACUCGAAAAGGUUAAGGAAUUAGAUGGUGUGUCUGGUACGAAUGCGUCUAUCCAAGGAUUUGAUGUAACGCAAAAAUCAAUUAUCGACCAUGUUCGGCUCCCACAAAUUAAAUUACAAACUUUUGACGGCAAUAUUGAUGAGUGGUUGAGCUUUAGAGAUUUAUACCAAUCGUUGAUACACAAUAAGAGUGAUUUACCAGAGGUUGAGAAAUUACACUAUCUAAAGGGUUGUUUAGUAGGGGAGGCAAAGGCUCUUGUGGAUCCCCUCGCAAUUACUAAAGGGAAUUAUCAGGUAGCAUGGGAGGCAUUGAAAAAACGUUACAAUGACAGCAAAUUACUUAAACGGAGACAAAUUCAGACAUUAUUUGAAAUGCCAACCCUGGGGAAAGAGUCUGAUAUACAACUGCAAUCGUUAUUGGAAAUUUUUGAGCGUGUCAUCCAUAACAUGGAUCAAUUAGUUGAGCCAGCAGAGUACAAGGACCUACUGCUGUUGGACAUCUUAGGUUCCAGGUUAGACCCAGUUACUAGGAGAGGCUGGGAAGAGUAUUCCGCGACGAAAGAACAGGAUACCAUUAAGGACAUGGUUGAUUUUCUGCAGCGGCGAAUUCGGGUCCUCAGUUCACUACCAUCUAGGGCAACCGAAAUUAGGAUUGAAACAGUAAGGCCUCCGAAAAGGGAACAACCAUUUACACAAACUAUCUACAAUCCAAGGAAAACUAUCGAGCUCCGGUGUGUAGUCUGUUCGGACAGACAUCUUCUGCAUCAAUGUCCAAAGUUCAAGCGCAUGACGGUAUCUGCUCUUGACGAACUUCUCCGUAAUCAUUCGUUAUGCCGUAACUGUUUCAAGAGAGGUCACAAAGCUGUCGAUUGUUCAUCCCCCUUCGUUAGUCGAAUUUGUAGAAGAAAACAUCAUACAUUGAUCUGUUUCCGCGAAACCAGAAGGGCUUCACCAACUUUCAGUCCCAAGGAAGCAUCUGCAAACCCAAUUCCGUCUACAUCGAACACAACAUCAUAUCGCAUCGGCAUCGGUGAUGACGGAAACUGUUGGAAAACAGAAUACCAUUUCUCAAACCAAAUGUAA